AUGAGUUUCCGCUGAGAGUAAGGAUCUAGUCGGAUAUCUCACCAAUCCAAUCCGUGAACUACAGGAGGAGGCGAAUGUGCGCCUUCAUCCUGAGAACCUUUUUUUUUUUUCUUCUCCUAUCCUUUGGUGUAGUCAUUUCUCAAGCUUCUUGCACUGCGGACUAGUGGAAUGAGCUGCUUUUGUCCCAGUGUUGUUUCCUGUGCAGUAUGGGAACUGCUGUGUCCAAAAGAAAGAAUUUAAGGAACGAUGCCAUUUCUUCCGUCGCCGCAAAAGUUAGAGCAGCUAGAGCAUUUGGAGAUUACCUAUCGCACAGCAACCCUGAGAACCGUAACGGAUCAGAUCACCUGCUGUCUGACACCAUUGUUGGCUCUGAAUCCCCAAGCAUUAGCUGCCUGCACAACAAUAACCAUCUGCAGCCAUACUCCAGAACAUCUCCCAUAGCCAAGCACACACAAGAUCAGCCAGAUCCGGGCCUUGUGCCAGUCGCCGUGUCCGCCUGUGCCAAGCGUCGCCUGUCGGUCGAGCGCAGCCUCUCGUCUGAGGAUCAGCCUCAAUCACCGCAGCCACAACAGAGUUCAGUGAAGCCUGCACGUGUCUAUACUAUUAGCAGGGAAGGUGGAAUGCUGGGUGCCAGAGGUAGUGAGGAGAGCCUGGAGCUCGAUGUCCUAAAGGGCCCUCAGGCUCGCAACAACCAACAAAAAACAAGCCAUCGUAGUGGUCAUGCCCACCACCAUCAUGCUCCAUCUUCUCAACCACUACAGAGCUCAGGAAGCGCACAUAACAUCAGGGAUUGGGGCUCGAGAAGGAGUGGCUCAAGAGAAGACUGCCCACGGUCAUCAUGUCACAGCCAACGCUCGCUUGACCUAGAUUUGAUGCCAAGAGACAGCUCCAAGCAGCGCAAGAAACUUGAGAGGAUGUACAGUGAGGAUCGGGUGUCUUCUGAGGAACGAGAAGAUCACACCAACAACUGGUUACCCAAAGAGAACAUGUUUAGCUUCCAGACUGCCACGACCACCAUGCAAGCAAUAUCGGCUUUCCGGGUCUUUGCUGACAGAAAGAGGAGGAAAAGAGAGCAGGAGGCCACCGCACUGAUGGAAAGAAACUUCCGGAAACACCUGCGGAUGGUGGGCAGCAGGAGGAUGAAGGCCCAAACAUUCGCCGAUCGCAAAGCGAAGAGCUUCAGCCGCUCCUGGAGUGACCCAACACCCAUCAAGCCAGACUCGCUUCACGACUCCAGAGACAGUGGAGAUCUGCAGGCGUCCUCUGGGACUCUGGAUGAGGGAGAGUAUGAUGACGUGGACUGGGAAGAGGAGAAAGAGCUGGAGAGGCUGGCCUGUGAAGGAGAUGACUUCAUUCCUCCCAAAAUCAUGCUGAUUUCAUCCAAGGUUCCGAAGGCGGAGUAUGUACCCAACAUUAUACGCAGAAACGACCCGUCCAUCAUCCCCAUCCUCUAUGACCACGAGCAUGCGACUUUUGAUGAUAUACUGGAGGAGAUUGAAAAGAAACUCACCGCCUACAGAAAAGGCUGCAAAAUCUGGAACAUGCUUAUCUUUUGUCAGGGAGGACCUGGGCACCUGUAUCUCCUGAAGAACAAAGUGGCCACGUUUGCAAAAGUGGAGAAGGAGGAGGACAUGAUUCAGUUUUGGAAGAAACUUGCUCGGCUUAUGAGUUUGCUGAAUCCUGAGCCCAAUCUCAUUCAUAUUAUGGGCUGUUAUGUGUUGGGCAAUCCUAAUGGAGAGAAGCUGGUGCAGAACCUCAAGAGACUGAUGAGACCGUAUGCUGUGGACUUUAAAAGUCCUCUGGAACUCUCAGCACAAGGGAAGGAGAUGAUCGAGAUGUACUUUGACUUUCGUCUGUUUCGACUAUGGAAGAGCCGGCAGCACUCCAAACUCCUCGACUACGACGACCUUUUGUGACGACUCGUCCUUUCUCUUUAGAGUGCCCGAGAGAGGCACGUAGCUCCAUUUAGGGCCCUACCGUGGCUGUUCCUCACUAGAGCCUCAGUGUGAAUGCUCUGAGCUGGAGGAAGAUGGUGAGACGGCAUGAAGACGGCUGUUUGAGUAGGUCGCUCUGACAUGCGGAUGAUGGCAGGAGAUUCGGCCAUUGCUAUAAGGUGCCAUUUGUCCACCCAGACCUUUUGACCUCUCACCUACGAAUGAGAGAUGUAAUGGAUAAUGGUGAUGAAUGAUAGGUUCAUAUAGAACUUAAUGAUGUGUUUUAAUUGAAAUUGAUUUUCUGUUUUUUAGAGGACGUCCUUUGAGAGGAAGCUAACAUAGCCGCAAUUGUUUUUGAGUAGCUGUGUAGCUGUGGUUUAACGAACCCCUCUGGGACCAUUUUUGGUCUUUGUGAUACAGUCUUCUUUUAGAAAGUACUUACAUGUUCUUUAUCAGGUAGAGAUGGUAAAAUGAACACAUAUAUUUUACUAAUCUCACAGGAAUCCACAUAGUACUGUAGUUGAGAACUUAUAGUAGGAUGUCUACAUAGUACUGUAGUUGAGAAAUCCAGUAUUCCUAUCUUAUUCAGAGCAUUGAUAUUUUUUGACACAUGGCCUGUUUUUUUUUUUUUCUUCUUCUUUUUUUCUGGAGGAGAACUCAGGUUUUAUAAAGUAACCUCCCUGACCUUCUUCUGCACUCCAAAAGAAAACAGGCCAGGAGACAGCAAUGAUUCAGAAUUAAUCACAGAAGUCAUGGGAGUUGUGGAAAUAAAAGCACUGUGCUGUUUUGUUUUCCUCCUACUAUCCAAUUGCAUUCCUGAUUCCAUGUCCAUAAAGCGCCAAGGAUAUGUAGGUCAACAAGAACAAUAGCACUGACCUUAAUCAGCUUGUUGGAGGCCUGGGAUCGGAGCCAGUCAGAAAACCAUAAGGACUCAGCAAGAGACGUAGAACCAUCUGGGUGUUGGGCACGGAUCUUUUAGACAGGACACGAUGUGACUGUGACUUACACACAUGCCUCAUCUAAAUCUGGAGCGUGGUAUUAUGAUGAAUUUGUGAGAUUUAGCGGAUUGUGUAAUGCUGGACAUUUUUCUGCGUCAUGAUUUACAUACGUCACCUCCACCUGACUGGACUCGGAGCUCAGAGGAGGAUUUUAUACCUGCAUGUCUUUCACUGGACGUCUUCGAAUUCAUAUCUUUCGUAGCAAUAGACAUUGUGACAUUAACUGUAGAACAAUCUGUAUGUGUAAUGUUUUCAUGUGUAUCUCAGACUAUUGUUUUAUCAACCGCCGGGUUCGCAAUAGAGUGUGUGAGAAAUGUUUAGGAUCAGACUCAGGACAAAAAAUGCUUAGAACAAAUAACAGAUAUUAUCUGUAAUUAUAGAUGAAUUGUAUUAAUUGAUGUAAUGUUACACGAGGGACACUAUUUAUGGGACAGAGAAGUCCUUCGGUGAUUGUGAGAUUUAACUUUAGAAGGUAUCAGAAACUAACUUUAUUUAUCAUAGUGGUACAGAGUAGUGUUCAUACAGUAGAUACAGAACACCUGCAUAAGCCUUUCAUGCCGAGUUGACAGAAAUGAUUACGGUUCAUUUCCUUUUUAGAUGUUUUAAAAAUUGACGACUAAUAUUGAAGUCAUAACAGUUAUGUCAAGUCACUUUGAUCUGUUUUUAGGAUAGACUUAUUCUUAAUCUUAAGGACAAUUCGUAGUUCCUGGUUCUGGGAUGUCCUAGUCACAUAAUGAUGUUAUGACGUCAAACAGCACUUUGGGGCGUUCAAGCCAAACCAGGACUUGUGAUAAAUUCUUUUGUUAAUGACGACGUAUAAGUGAGAAAUGUCUAUAGAAGAAUUUGGAAAACGAUUACAGAAGACUUCAAACAAAAAAAAAGUUUUUACUCUCAUAACUGUGUUCUGUUAUUCCAUGCAAUCAAAAGUCCCGGUUUGACUCGAACUCCCCAGAUUACUUUCCUGUCAUCAUGGUCUUGCCAAUAAGUAUUCAUUAGGAUCAUAUGAAUAGUAAAAUUUAUCUCACUUUACAUAGUCAACAAUAAAAAACACACAUAUGUCAGUGUGUUAUGAAAUUGUCAUAGUAUACUGUACAGUACAUCACUUUUAUUUAAAAGCUUAACCAAAAGUAAUGCUUUCAUAGAGGUUAGCCGUGUUACCAAGCAGGAUUUUAUGUCAAUCUUAUUAAUGAACCAAGUGCCUAGUACAGGAAACAGUGGAGUGUUAAAUUUGUCACCUAACCAGCGUUUGCAAGUAAUGUCUCAUCAUUGUUAUGUGACUGUGACAUGACAGCCAGACUUGAUACAAAGGCGGAGAUACGUUCUGUACUAGGUGUUCGAUAGUAGAACUGGAAAUGGUUUCAGACAGUAAUGAAAAACAGUAGCCAAAACAUAAACUUAUGUUACAUGGUAAAAAACCUUCUCUAUGACUGUUUAAAUAGUCCUUGACUGUCUGCAAAGGCUUAUUAAGGUUUCAUGUAUUUUCAUGUAUACUACUCACUUUACAAACUAAAGUGUUACUUAUCUAAUUAAAGUUUAAUACCAAGAACGAGGGGUCUGGCGAAAUGGGGUGAAAUUUCGCCAGACAGCAAAAUGUUCACGCAAAUGUUCAAGGUCAGAACAGAAAUCAUACCGAGGUCCUUUUGACCGUCUGAUUGUGCCUCGGAAAAGUGGGCUGUAAUGAGUCAUUUCAAAUCAUUUUUCACUGGCGCCUCGAAUAAUCGAAACGCAAAUGAAACCUUUUUGCAGCGGGCACGAAGACGGAGUUCUUUUCGGGUGGCCCAUUUGCCAUAUCGUUCUCUUUUAAACGACUCCGGGGAUGAUGAUUGGAUUAAAUCACGACUGAUUGACAGCGUUAUGAAUAGACUGCAUGAUGUCAGCUCACAGAAAAGAAAAGGGAGGAGUCGAAUGGACUUGAACCUUGGUCCAGGUUUGAACUCUGGUAAUUUUGAUACAUUCGAGAACAAUGAGCUAACUCAUGGUUUCUAUCUUUAUUAGUCCUAUAUAUAUAUAUUUAUUUAUUUCAGAAAUUGUAUGAAACUCUACAGAUUUCCUGUAACGCUGUACUUACACAGUUGAAGUGUAUGGUUUUAACUUUGUCCUGUAGCAGUACAGCACUGAGCAUUAAAGAUGUUUCUAAAAAUGGAUUUUCCAGUAAAAAUCUAGGUUUAAGUCUA